UGUCCAUGUGCAUAUAAGGGUUUACAUUACAUUACCACGUCAGUUGAAUACUUGCAGCCUCCACUGAAGAUGAAAUUAGUGUUGCUUCUGGGUGUGUCCCUCGUGGUGGCAGUAGGGGGCACCACCACCACCACCACCAGUACCGCCUCACCACCAGCAGAAGCUGUGGACCCCGGAAAUGCCGCCGCCACUGAAAACGUUGUUGAAGCACGCACCAGAGGCAACAAGCCAAACGAAAGGGCCUUUGGCCUUUCUCUUGGAUUAUCACCAAGUGUUGGAACUGGUGGACACCCAGGAUUUGGAGGUGGACGCCCAGGAUUUGGAGGUGGACGCCCAGGAUUUGGAGGUGGACACCCAGGAUUUGGAGGUGGACGCCCAGGAUUUGGAGGUGGACGCCCAGGAUUUGGAGGUGGACGCCCAGGAUUUGGAGGUGGACGCCCAGGAUUUGGAGGUGGACACCCAGGAUUUGGAGGUGGACGCCCAGGAUUUGGAGGUGGACACCCAGGAUUUGGAGGUGGACGCCCAGGAUUUGGAGGUGGACGCCCAGGAUUUGGUAACCCAGGAUUUGGAGGUGGAACUGGUGGAUUUGCGAUUCCAGGAGUUGGAGGUGGAGCUGGACAAUUAGGAUUUGGACAACCAGGCUUUGUACAACCAGGAUUGACAAGUGGAUUUGGACAACCAGGUUUGGGAGGUGGAUUAAAUAUAAAUCCAGCACAUGCAGGAAUACCACCAUUUGUAGGAGGAGGCGGUGUGAAGCCCUCUAGCGGUUGCCGCAAUUGGUGCAGAACAGAUAAGGGUCAGGCAUACUGCUGUGAGACUGCCAGUGAACCUGAGAGUCCCUUCAGUAUCAAGUUUGGUAUGUGUCCGCCUCGCCGGCCAGCCUGUCUAGAUGUCAGAAGCGUUGGUCCCCCCUCUUCCUGUUCCAGCGACGGUACCUGCUCUGGCAUUGAGAAGUGCUGCUUCGACGUUUGUCUUCAGCAACACACUUGUAAACCACCUAGGGGCUUUGGUCGCUAAUGAUGUUUUUUUAUGCUAAUUUCUAUCUCCUGAAGAACGAAUUAAUAUUUAUUCGAAAAUAAUUUAUUUAGUGUAAAAUGCUUAUAAUACUUUAUGUAAUUUUAUUUAUGUUCCUUAACAAUAACUCGUGUAUUAUGUAAGUUAUAUUUAUGUAGUUUGAUAAUGAAAAUGAUAAAAAAUCUAUGUAUUUACUCUUCCAAGAACACUACGACGUGUCCAUUAACCAGCACCAGCAUGAUCCUCAGUGUUGCUGCUGUCGUAAUUCUGAGUCAUGACGAAAUAUUUUCAGAUAUAUGAAACAAAGAAUUUUAAAGUACAUGGUGAUAGAGUAAGGUUAAUCGGGCUAUGGGACAUGUAAUAAAACACUACCAACGUAUUUACUGAUCUCCUCAA